GCCGGGCACGCGGGCUGGGCCCAGCGGCCGAUCUGGACCCAGGAGGGCGCCCCGGGUGGCCUGAUGCGGCCCGUACCAGAAGCGCUUUCUGGUUCCCUGUGGGUGUGAUAGACAGUGAGCGUCCCGUCCCUGGGAGUAUGCAAAGGGAGCCUGCGCCGGGAUGGCUGGGACUGGUGAGCAGGACUCCACGCUGGACUCACGCCCCCUCCUAGCGCAGGGACGUGCCCCUUGCGCCCCAGCCGCGGAUGCUGGGGUAAUGUUGGGCGAGGUAGCAGAGGGACUGCUUACGGGGCCCCCUGUUCAUCCCAGGGACAAAGCAGAGCAGGUCACAGGCGGGUGUCAGCCUGCAGGUGUGGCCACAGUGAGCGCACCUCCAGGUGCGCAGUGGGACGGAGGAUAAAGGAAGCGCCAGGGAGGGCAGUGCCGGGCUGGGGGAAUAGGGUCUGAGCCUGGAGGAGGCGCUGCCCCUGUGCACCUGCCGGCAGGAAGUUUGGGAGGCUGGGAGCCAGGACAGCACCAGUCUGAGAUGGCAUGAGUGCAGCGUGCGUGACCAAGAGGUGGGCGUCAGAGAGAAGGGGCAGCUGAGAAGGUGGCUGAGAUCCUCAGAGGGCAAAAGGGUGGGGAGAGAAAUGGAAGGAGACUGUGCUCCGAAGCGCAGAAGAAAGUCCAGGUAAGAGGGAGUGGCAGAGUGAGGAUACGAGGAACCGUCAGCAGGGUGUGUGACAGCCUGUGUCUGUCCCAAAGGCUGCACCUUCCCUUGAGCUGGGCUUCAAGGCACCAGUCACCCUGGGUAGCCGUUGACCCCACGGUGUGGGACUUGGAGAGAUCUGUGUUUGAACCACGUGACCUGGGUGAGCCUUCUUAUGCCUCAGAACCUCACCCGCUCCAUCUGCAAUGCGGGGGGGCGAGAGGGGGUGACAGUACGUGCUGAGCACUGAGGAUGAAAGAAGGUGAUGCCAGGCACACUGGAGAUACUCUGUCACCUGGAGCUGCCACUCUGAUGCUUGUGCAGGGUCAUCUCUGGGGCUGGGAGCCAGCCCAGGGUGGGAUCUGAGUUGAGCUGUUGUCUGUCACUCUGCAGACUCACCGGGAGCAUUUGGGGUCACCUCUGAUGUGUUUAUACCGAGGUUGCUGUCAGCAGGGCCAGGAGAGCUCUGUAAAUAUUUAUCCAUCCCAGUUCGCAGCGUUGAGGGUUGAUGAAAGCCCCGAAGCCCAGUGUGACAAAGCUGCCCCCCUCCCGGAGGCAGCAGGGGAGGGGGAGGGGGCAUUUAGGAGGAAGCUUGGGGGGGAAGGUAAACCUGCUUGCCAACUGGCCGUGUGACUUGGCAGGUCGCUUGACCUCUCUGGGCCUCAGAGGGACAGGAUGCUGCAUAGAACAGCGUGGUGAUGCUCCCGUGCUCCUCACAGCCUAGCCAAGUGCCCCCAUUCAGGCUCACCUCUGAACAGCAGAAGGCACAACUCUGAUUACUUAUCCCAUUGGACAGAUAGCAACUGAGGCCCAGAGAGAGGCACAAGUAGUCUGGCCUUCCCCGGUGGUUUCCUAGCCUGGGGUCCUCCUUUUGUCCCCUGUCUGCUGCUGCUGUUUGUCUGGGUUGGAAGUUGACUCAGGGGCCGCCCUGAGUCUCCGAGCUCCGCCAAAAGACUGGGUCCGUGGAGAAAUCCCUUGAGUGUGUCUCAGGCUGUGGCUUGAUGCCUGCCAGACGAGGGCAGGGCUGGGCCAGCCAGGCCCACCACAGAGCGGCUGCUGGCCUAGGAGGGAAUGCACUGGGAGCAGAAACUCCUCAGGAAUGUGGGUUUUGGAGGAUGCACACGGCCGCCGCUCCGUGACGAGGGGGCCACAGUCUUGGCAUGCAGCUCUGCCCAGUAGCCUGGUGCCUGCCCCUGCCACCCAGGAGGCCCCCCGGCCUGCCAGCGGCCCCAGGCCCCCCCGCUGUGGUGUACCCGACCCACCCAAUGGGCUGAGCGCCCGCAACCGGCAGAAGCGGUUCGUGCUGUCGGGUGGGCGCUGGGAGAAGACAGACCUCACCUACAGGAUCCUCCGGUUCCCGUGGCAGCUGGUGCAGGAGCAGGUGCGGCAGACAGUGGCAGAGGCCCUGCAGGUAUGGAGCGAGGUGACACCACUCACCUUCACUGAGGUGCACGAGGGCCACGCCGACAUCAUGAUCGACUUCACCAGGUACUGGCAUGGGGACAACCUGCCAUUUGACGGGCCUGGGGGCAUUCUGGCCCACGCCUUCUUCCCCAAGACCCACCGAGAAGGGGACGUCCACUUUGACUAUGACGAGACCUGGACUGUCGGGGACAACCAGGGCACAGAUCUGUUGCAGGUGGCAGCCCACGAGUUUGGCCACGUGCUGGGGCUGCAGCACACAACAGCAGCCAAGGCCCUGAUGUCCCCUUUCUACACCUUCCGCUACCCACUGAGCCUCAGCCCAGAUGACCGCAGGGGCAUCCAACACCUAUAUGGCCAGCCCCGGCCUGCCCCCACCUCCAGGGCCCCGGCGCCAGGUCCCCGGGCUGGGAUGGACACUAACGAGAUUGCACCGCUGGAGCCGGAAACCCCACCAGAUGCCUGCGAGGCCUCCUUCGAUGCAGUCUCCACCAUCCGGGGUGAGCUCUUCUUUUUCAAGGCGGGCUUCGUGUGGCGGCUGCGUGGGGGCCGGCUGCAGCCUGGUUACCCGGCACUGGCCACUCGCCACUGGCAGGGACUGCCCAGCCCUGUGGAUGCAGCCUUCGAGGAUGCCCAGGGCCACAUUUGGUUUUUCCAAGGAGCUCAGUACUGGGUGUACGACGGUGAGAAGCCAGUCCUGGGCCCCGCACCCCUCUCCGAGCUGGGUCUGGUGGGAUCCCCGAUCCACGCCGCCUUGGUUUGGGGUCCUGAGAAGAACAAGAUCUACUUCUUCCGAGGCGGCGACUACUGGCGUUUCCAUCCCAGCACCCAGCGUGUGGACAGCCCCGUGCCCCGCCGGGCCACCGACUGGCGAGGGGUGCCCUCUGAGAUUGACGCUGCCUUCCAGGAUGCCGACGGCUAUGCCUACUUCCUACGUGGCCGCCUCUACUGGAAAUUUGACCCUGUGAAAGUGAAGGCUCUGGAAGGCUUCCCCCGCCGCGUGGGCCCCGACUUCUUUGGCUGUGCUGAGGCUGCCAACACUUUCCUCUGACCACAGCUUGGGUGUCCUCAGGGGUGCUGACCCCUGCCAGGCCCAGGAUAUCAGGCUAGAGACCCGCAGCCAUCUUUGUGGCUGUGGGCACCAGGCAUGGGACCAAGCCCAUGUCUCCUCAGGGGGGUGGGGUGGGGGCGCAAUCACCAUGACAAUUGCAGGGAGGGCCACGCAGGCCGUGGUCACCUGCCAGCGACCGUCUCGGACUAGGCAGGGAGGCUUUGGCUUUACUCAAGAGUGAGGGCGGCCUGGGACUGCCGCCGCCCCACCUGUGCAGGUCCUGGUCAAACCUGGCUGCUUUCUGUCUCUGUUCCUGUCUCUCAGGGUAGGACCUUGGCAGGGCUGAGGGAACUGGAGUGUCCUCACUCAAUCCCUGCUGUGAGGUUCCUGCCAGGAGCUGGCGCUGGAGCAGUGGAGCCAGGCCCCUGAGGCCUUCAGCCCUGGCCAAGCAACUGCACCAUGGGGCAUGGCCCUCUCCUGAGAAGUCAGCUCUGGGUAGGUGCUUGCAUCUGGCUGUCUUCCUGCUGGUGAUGCUGGAGCUGUUCCGCAGGAUGCAGGCCAAAAGGUCCACAGCCGGCUGGGGGCGGGGGGUGCUUCUUGCAGGAGA